AGGGAAGGCAGGGAAGGAGCCGAGCCGAGCCGCCAGCGCUCCCGGCCCCGCUCGCUCCGCAGCGCUGGGGAAGCGCGGCCGCCGCUCCGCCGCCAGCGCCGGGGCCAUGGGGCGCUGAGGGGCCGCGGGAGCCUGAGGGGAGCCUGAGGGGAGCCUGCGCGAGCCUGAGGGGAGCCUGAGGGGAAGCUGAGAGGAGCCUGCGGGGAGCCCCCGCCGAAGAGUGCUGUGAAAUCUUCCCAGCUUUUGAUGGAAAUGAGAACAGAUUGAGUUUUCUGAGGAGGAGGGAAUUUCUCGGAGCUGCCAGGAGCUCUUCAGAGCAGUUGAGUUGUUGCUGUUCACAAGAAAGAGGAAAAGCUUGCCCCUCGGAAGAAAUUGCAUUCACCAGAAGUUUUUUUAUCCGGGGCUGCACUCAAAUCUCAAUAAUGAAGAAAAGCAGAAGUGUCAUGACAGUGACUGCAGAUGAGAACUCCCUGGAUUACCUGGAAUGUGGGCUCAGCAAAUCCUACAGCACUUCCAGCCACGCCCUGGGCAUUGACCUGUGGAGGGGCCGCAGGUGCUGCUCGGGGAAUCUGCAGCUGCCGCCGCUGUCCCAGCGGCAGACGGAGAGGGCCAGGACACCCGACAGGGACAUCGUGUGCAGGCCGACCACGCUGCCCCUGCUGCCGCCUCCCAGCAUUGCCAUCACCACCUACCACGACUGCUUCGAUGUGGAAAAUGGCCCGUCCCCAGGGCGCAGCCCGCUGGACCCGCAGGCCAGCUCCUCGUCGGGACUCGUCCUGCACACGACGUUCCCGGGCCACAGCCAGCGCCGGGAGUCGUUCCUGUACAGAUCCGACAGCGACUAUGACCUCUCACCAAAGACCAUGUCCAGGAACUCCUCCCUCCCCAGUGAACAGCAUGGUGACGACCUGAUUGUCACACCUUUCGCCCAGGUGUUGGCCAGCCUAAGAAGCGUGAGGAACAACUUCACACUCCUCACCAAUUUACACGGCACCUCCAACAAGAGAUCUCCAGCCACGAGUCAGCCCCCUGUCUCCAGAGUGAAUCUGCAAGAGGAGCCCUACCAGAAGCUGGCCAUGGAGACGCUGGAGGAGCUCGACUGGUGCCUGGAUCAGCUGGAGACCAUCCAAACCUACCGCUCCGUCAGCGAGAUGGCAUCCAACAAGUUCAAGAGGAUGCUGAACCGGGAGCUCACACACCUGUCCGAGAUGAGCCGCUCUGGCAACCAGGUGUCCGAGUACAUUUCCAACACUUUCCUGGACAAGCAGAACGAUGUGGAGAUUCCUUCUCCCACCCAGAAGGACAGGGAGAAGAAGAAAAAACAGCAGCUCAUGACCCAGAUCAGUGGGGUGAAGAAAUUAAUGCACAGUUCCAGCUUAAACAACACCAGCAUCUCCCGGUUUGGGGUGAAGACAGAAAAGGAAGAUCACCUGGCCAAGGAGCUGGAAGACCUGAAUAAGUGGGGCCUCAACAUCUUCAACGUGGCCAGGUACUCCCACAACCGCCCGCUGACCUGCAUCAUGUACGCCAUAUUCCAGGAGCGGGAUCUGCUGAAAACGUUCAAGAUCUCGUCGGACACGUUCGUGACGUACAUGAUGACCCUGGAGGAUCACUACCACUCGGACGUGGCCUACCACAACAGCCUCCACGCUGCUGACGUGGCCCAGUCCACCCACGUGCUGCUCUCCACCCCUGCCCUGGAUGCCGUCUUCACGGAUCUGGAAAUCCUUGCUGCCAUUUUUGCAGCUGCGAUCCACGAUGUGGAUCACCCCGGGGUCUCCAAUCAAUUCCUGAUCAACACAAAUUCCGAGCUGGCCCUGAUGUACAACGACGAAUCCGUGCUGGAGAACCACCACCUUGCAGUGGGCUUCAAACUGCUCCAGGAGGAGCACUGUGACAUCUUCCAGAACCUGACCAAGAAGCAGCGCCAGACCCUCAGGAAGAUGGUGAUUGACAUGGUGUUGGCCACUGAUAUGUCCAAGCACAUGAGUCUGUUGGCUGAUCUGAAGACUAUGGUGGAAACAAAGAAGGUGACCAGUUCAGGAGUUCUCCUUCUGGACAACUACACAGACAGAAUACAGGUUCUCCGGAAUAUGGUGCAUUGUGCAGACCUGAGUAACCCCACAAAGUCCCUGGAGCUGUACCGGCAGUGGACGGACAGGAUCAUGGAGGAGUUCUUCCAGCAGGGAGACAAGGAGCGGGAGAGAGGCAUGGAAAUCAGCCCCAUGUGUGACAAGCACACGGCCUCCGUGGAGAAAUCCCAGGUGGGAUUCAUUGACUACAUCGUCCAUCCGCUCUGGGAGACGUGGGCUGACCUGGUGCAGCCCGACGCCCAGGACAUCCUGGACACUCUGGAGGACAACAGGAACUGGUACCAGAGCAUGAUACCUCAGAGCCCAUCCCCUCCCCUGGAGGAGCGGGGCCAGGACUGCCAGGGCCUGAUGGAGAAGUUCCAGUUUGAACUGACGCUGGAGGAGGAGGAUUCGGACGGGCCGGAGAAGGACGGCGAGAGCCUCGGCUACUUCAGCAAUACAGAGACGCUCUGCAUGGCCCAGCCAGGGCAGGAGGAGCCCCAGAGGGAGGCAACCAUCGAAAUUGUGACAGAAGACACAUCUCCUGUGGACACAUAAUGGCCCGGCCCCGCGGGAGUGGCUUUUAAACACUUGCGGAGCUCUUGCAAGCGGCCUCCGACAGCCUCUUAGGCCGGGUCUGAGGCCUCUGCCACGGGGGUGACAGAUCCUCCAGCUACUUGAGAUUGGAGUCAGGGUUACAGAUGGGGUAGGGAAUGAUUGCUCAGGAAAUGCACGGGUGAUUGGCAUUGUGGUUUGAGCCUUGUCAGCCAAGAGCAUCGCGGUGUCCUGGAGCUGGCUUGGGUCGGGCCUGAGGCGGCGGUGACACACAACUGAGAGAUUUUAUACUGUUAGCUCUGGAGUUUAUACCGGUUAGACUGAUAGAAACUACUGAUCAAUAACUCAUAUCCAACCUGUCCACCCGACCACCUGUCUGCAGACCUGUGUGCCUUCUUUGUAAACACUUUCAUGUCUUUUCAAGAGUCUUUCAGUCCAACACACGGAGUUUGGUAGUUCAAAAGCGACACAAAGUGUUUCAGAAUUGACGGCUCCUUUUUGGAUUCUUCCUGUUACCAGAAGCAGUCUUCCUUUUUUUCCAUGGGCAAUACCUGUCACUUUAUUGCAGUUAAUCACUUUGACAGACUAAACAGAAGGGGAAACCCUCUGCUUUGCAUUACUGCACCUUUAACGUGUUCUCAAUCCCCCCGGUGACCCACUGGGAGUCACUUGGUGCCGCUGUGCACUGUUCCCUCGCUAGGAACAGCAGGAUUUUUUCCACCCCGGGGUUUGGGUUUGUGGGGAGCAGGACAGAGGGCAGGUUUUUUUCCCUGGCACAGCUCAGUCCAUCCCUGAGUAAGCGAGGCAAGGCAGCGUGUGACACGCCUUCCCCCUCGGCAGCUCCCUGGAAUUUGCACGCUCGGAUAUUUGUGUUUCUCUGGCCUCUUGUCCACGUUCCCUAGGUUUAGGUCCACCAUCCUCCUCCUCCUCCUGCACUGCCUCGAGCUCUACCACCUCCAUUACUGUUUAUAACAGUGUAUUUAUUACCUACUGUACAUACUGUAAUGUUUUGUAAGUUAUUAAUUUAUAUGAAUUAGCAUCGCCUGUCGGCGGCGAUGUUAAUGGGGUAGAAAACUCGGAAUAAGAGUUGCCUUUUUUUCUUGUAACCUUUUGUAUUGCAUAAAGUCCAAGAACCUGAACAUAGCUGAAGAGACAGACACAACCCAGGAAGGGCAUUCGGGUGGCAGCCGCCCGUGGGGAGGGAACACUGCAUCCCAGGGCAGCAAAUUUGGGAAUUUGCUGGGAACGCAGAGAGGGGGAACCGAACAAAGAACUCCCCACGCCCGGGCCGGCUUUUCAAUGUCACAAUGUUCCAAUUUCUGAACAACCCAAUGUGAAUCUCUAUGACAAAAAAAAAUGUGAACUGAUGUAAUAAUUGUGCUGUGAAACUUCCUCUGACAAAGCUUGUCCGGCAUCGUGAGCGGUGUCAAUCUCAGUUUGUAAAAUACGUUUCAAGCUUUUUGGUCCAACUCGUGACUGAUUAGUUCAUGACAAUAGCACAGUUGUGCAUGAUCAAUGGGUUUGUUUGUCUGUUGAACACUGCAUUGUUCCAGGUGGUUAUUUUAUUGUUCCCCAGAGUUUCACACGAUGUAUGUUAUAGUAUUCUAUAUUGUGUUCAGAUGCAUUCUUAAGAGAUUUUUAUAUGAAGUGAAUAAAUGAAAGCAUGACCCAG